UGUUUGUUUUGGACGGCAAGAUCGUGUCUACAUAUCACGGCUAGGAAGAUCGUGUCUACAUAUCACACUAGGAAGAUCGCGUCUACAUAUCAUGGCUAGGAAGUGAGAAGUGUACACUGUAAUGUUUUGGCUACGGUUAUCGUUUGAUCUUUUAUCUUGUAAGUCCUUUGACAAAUGAACACUGUAACUAGAAGUGAUUGAGGCACCUGUGGUGGCGUGAGGAAUAAAGAAAGCAAGAAAGAAAUGCUGUUGCUUGAAGACAAAACUACACAAACAGCAAUGAGAUGGUCAGAGACCGCAUACUUUUUGCCAGCAACUCACUGAGUGUGCGCGAAAAGUUACUCAGCCAGUUGCCGGAGCUCACGCUUCAAAAAAAGCGAUAGGCAUAACCCGCUCCCACAUGUUACCAAAAGAGCAGCUAAAGGCUAUGGCUAGCGACAGCCACGAGGUUCACGUUAUACACCUCAAAGUUUUACCGCGGGUGCGAGGAGGCAUAUUGACAGCGCAAAGACCUUCGUAAAGAUAUGUAACGAGUGUGGAGGAUACCACAGUAAAUUAGCUGAAUGCCCAACAAAAGGUAAACAAGUUUCAGACCCCUUUUCCUGUCUAUUCUUACAACCAUAAGCCACACAAUGAAAUACAUGAUGAAAAGGCCGUAAGACGCUUACAAGCAAGCCUGGUACUUUUAAGCCAAAAAGAUCACUAAAACACGUGAGUUGUAUUGUAGUUUUGCCGUCCAGUGGGCAUCGUCACGAGAAAAAUAUCUAUCACAGGGCGCAUUGAGAUAAACAGCCACACUCACAAUCACACACAUAGGGGCAAUUUAGUGUCCAAUGAAUAUUGCAUGUUUUUGGAAUGUGGGAGGAAACCGGAGUGCCCCGAGGAAACCCACGCAGGCACGGGGAGAACACGCAGACUCCACACAGGCUGGUCCGGGAUUGAAUCCUGGAACUCAGAACUGUAAGGCCAACAUUUUACCAGCUGAUCCACCAUGCUUCCACUGCUUUUUUAAUAAAUCUAAAAUAUUAUUUCUUCUUUUCACCGUCUUGCUUUCAUUUUGUGAAUUCUGACUUGAUAAGAUACAGUAUGUGUUUUGUCCUGUUGCCGCAUUUUUUCUUCUUCUUUUUUUUUUUUUUUUUGCUGCUUUCAUAUCGUGUCCGGAUAUUAUCUUGCCUUACAUUUUCUCAUGUAAUCUUGUUCUCAGGCAUUAUUUCUUUGUCUUUGUAAAGCACUUUUGAUUUGAAAUGUUUGCGUAUGAAUACUGCCGUUUAAAGAAACCUCCUGUGUAUUAUAGGAUUUCUUUUAAAGAUUUCCCUCUUUUCUCUCUUUUUUUAAUUUCUUGAAAAUUUAGUAAAAGAAAAAAAAAUCCUAUCCUUUGGAAUUGUUAAACUAGGUUUGAACAUGAACAUAGCUUUCUUAGCCUUCGCAAGCCACGCUACCAUCAACUACAGGUAGUUGAAGGUUGUGACGCGGCUUAAGAAACUUAAGAAGUUUAUUGUAUUUCUAUUUUUUCCAGUGAGAGCUGAUGCUAGAUUUUUCUGGGGGGUGAAAUUUCUAUGAGAGAAAGAGUUUCAAAGCUUGUUUGGUAUUCAGAAAAGUUUUUAAAAUAAAAUAGGAAAUUGUGGGGGGGGGGUGCUGAAGAAUUAAUUUCAAAGCCAUAUCCCCCAGCCCUAAAGAAGGAUAACCUCAAAGUUCUAUAAUUUCACUUUUCAAGUCAACAAUUAUUUUAUUAUAAUUUUGUAUUCAAACGGGAAUAUGAUUCCAAACACACCUUUAAACUGGUUUUGGACUGAAUGACGCCAGCUAAUAACUUUGCCACACCCCGACCUCAACCCUCUUGAAUAUUUGCGCCCUUUGUUUUUACUGUACCCAAAAUUAAGAUGACAUUAAAGCUCAUGAUAACGGCACAGUGGAGAAACUCGUUAGAAUGUCUGCCUCACAGUUAAAAGAACCGGGGUUCAAAUGCUAGCCCUGCCUGUGUGGACCUUGCAUGUUCUCCACGUGCCUGUGUGGGUUUUCUCCGGUCUCCUCCCACAUCCCAAAAACAUGGAUUUAUUGGAAACUCUAAAUUGCCCUUCGGUGUGAUUGUUUGUCUCUAUGUGCCCUGCGAUUGGCUGGCAACCAGUUCAGGGUGUACCCCACCUCCUGCCCGGAGGUAACUGGAAUAAGCUCCAACACUCCCACAAGCCUUGUGAGGAUAAGCGACUUGGAUAAUGAAUGGAUGGAUAGUGCUCAAUGAUGUGUGCAUUGAAAAUUUUUCACCUCAAUACACACUGCUGGUAGCGGUAGAUGUGGCAUUUGCCUCAGUGACACAUUUGAGUUUAAAGACAGUGCCGCUACAUGCAAAAGCUGCUAAACGUGGUUACACUUGACCUGAAAAAUAAAUCAAUUACAUGAAAUAAAAGGUGGAACGGUGGAAUAACUGGUUAGAUCGUUGACCUCCCAAUUCUGAGGACCGGGGUUCAAAUCACAGACUCCCCCUGUGUGGAGUUUGCAUGUUCUCCCCAUGCCUGUGUGAGUUUUCUCCGAACACUCCGGUUUCCUCCCACCUCCCCAAAACAUGCACCAUUAAUUGGACACUCUACAUUACCCUUAAGUGUGAUUUUGAGUCUGACUCGUUUGUUUCUAUGUACCCUGCGAUUGGCUGGCAACCAGUUCAGGGGGUACCCCGCCUCCUGCCCAAUGACAGCUGGGAUAAGCUUCAGCAUUCCCACGACCCUUGUUAGGAUAAGCGGCUCAGAAAAUGGAUGGAUGGUCAUGACAGUCUGGAGGAAAUGCAGGGAAGAAAAGGCGGAUCAAACAUCCACUAAGUCUUGAAUAAUCGUCAUAAUUAACAUCAUAAACCCUGUUUAAUUAGCCAUUGCAAGAGCAGCCACUCUCCUUCCUCCUUUCACGUUUGACCACACUUUCUACUCUACGGUACAGACUACUUGUUUGUUUUAAAUCCAAGUAAACUGUAUAAUUGCAGGAUGUGUGUGCCAGUGUAGCACAAAUAUUAUUUCACACAACACGACGCUUGAAAAAGCUGUCAACACAUCUUGUUUUUGCGGUUGUUGCACAGCAAGCAGCAGGUGUGUUCCCGUCGGCUUUUUGUCACAACUGGUUAACACCUCUCAUUAUCUCACACUCGCCAGGCAGCUGAGAUGCCGAAUGGAUGAGUCAUGAGAUGCAGAUUGUGACACUACAUGCACGUGUGGCCAAAAGUAUUGGUCCGUUUGCAAUGAAUGGAAGUGGACGUGAUACAUACCAAAUUCCACACAGAAUGCAUUCUGGAUCAGAAAUGGGCCUUUCCUAAUAGGUUUCAAUUUGCCCAAUCAUCCAAAAUGUCCUGGUAAAAGUAAUGGAGGUGUGAAUGGGGAUUUCUGAUUGAUUAAGAGGUGAGGCGUAAUUAUUUUGCCCAUAUACCCUGUAGUGGUGAACUUUUCUGUGCCCGACAUCCACUACAAAAAUAUUAUCUCAUUACAAAAUCCAUAUGGACAAAUUUGAGGCUGAUACACUCAGUUACUACUUAAUAUAAUAUAAAUACAUUUGAAACCCCCUAUGGGGUCUUGAACUCCAUGGAGGGGGGGAAAAUGAUUCAGAACAAUAGUAUUUAAAUUCCAUUGCUCAAUUUAGAGCCAACUGCGUGUUUUUUAUACUAUCCAGGAUUUACACUAUCCAGAGGGUUUCAUAAUUAAGGUGAUAUGACUAAUAUGCAUAAUGGAAUUGUGAUAAAUCAACUAGGAUUUACUGUAUUAAUAAAAAAAUCCCACAACACCCAUCAAUGGUAAAAUGUAGUUUGAUGUUGUACUGUAUUGUAUCAAUAGAGGGAGCCAUUUUCACAAACAGUACUGUACACUAAAUAGAGGCCACAUAACUCAGUGGUCAUGAGUUUAUAUCCCGAUGGGGCCUCCACACCCUGUGAGGGGUUGUUUCAGUGAGGGCAUCCGGCGUAAAAACUGUGCCAAAACAAAUAUGAGUGUUUCUCUGUGGCGACCCCUAAUGGGACAAGCCGAAAAAAUCCAUAAGUGAGCACUAUGAUGAAUGCGCUGCAAAAAAAUCCCCUAAUCCCAUAAAGAUUUGACCUGUGACUGACUUUUGCCUUUCUUUAUCUCACAGGGAGACAAACGCAUUUUCAAACCAGGACUAGGCUGCUGGGGCAGCUGCGUUGCCUGACUCUGUCUCUGUUCAGUUCAGUCCAUGUCCAUAUUUUCUUUAAAAAGUGCGUGCCACUUGCAAAUGUCCGUGCAGAGUUACUGUAUGCUGGAGGGCGGACGAUACACACAAAGAUGGACGUCGAUCAGUUAGACACUCAGUCACCAGAGGGUCACAACCACAUCAACCAGUCUUCUCCUGGGCCUACCAGAGACAUCCCUCCGUGCCGCUCAUCCAGACAUUUGUAAAGACAGGACAGCAACUCUUGAAGGGGGCUUGAAUGUGUUUGCAUGACUCCGAACAGCUGUAGUAUAAUGCUCAACCUUCCCAGAAAGAUGCGGGGUUGCAUGCAUGUGUGAAGGUCUGGAAAUUUAGCCUAGUGUAUGUGUGAGGGGGAGUAUUGCUGACCAGGCUAUGAGUGCAUUGCGCCUUUGGAUGCUGAGUUGAGCGACGGGAGCUGAACCAGAGGCUGGCUGAGUAGUCGCCAUGGGGCUUGGACAGUCCAGCAAGUCUCCCGUCAUGGGUGACACCGAUGAGGUCAAUUUUGACCAUUUCCAGAUCCUCAGAGCAAUAGGAAAAGGAAGCUUUGGAAAGUGGAAACAGGGCACAUUCCAUCAAGUUAAAAGUGCUGUAUAUUAGAGCAGGAUUCACUGCGUGCUGAGUUCCAAACUUCCAUUCGAAUGCAUAAAUCUGGAUUUGGCAGUGAGGUGUGCAUUGUGCAGAAGAAAGACACUAAGAAGAUGUACGCCAUGAAAUACAUGAACAAGCUGAAAUGUGUGGAGCGUAACGAAGUGAGGAACGUAUUGAAGGAGCUGCAGAUCAUGCAGAACCUGGAGCAUCCUUUCCUGGUGAACAUCUGGUAUUCCUUCCAGGACGAGGAGGAUAUGUUCAUGGUGGUGGACUUGCUCCUUGGAGGAGAUCUGCGUUAUCACCUGCAGCAGAAUGUCCAUUUCUCGGAGAGCACGGUCAAACUGUAUAUCUGCGAGUUGGCUUUGGCCCUGGGAUACCUGCGCUCCAAGCACAUCAUACACAGAGACAUCAAGCCUGACAACAUACUACUGGAUGAACACGGUCAUGUCCAUCUAACAGACUUCAACAUUGCAGCCAUUGUGAAAGAGGACCUCAAGGCGACGUCUAUUGCAGGGACCAAACCAUACAUGGCUCCGGAGCUAUUUCAGAUCUUUGAAGGCUCCCAUCCUGGUUACUCUUUCUCAGUGGAUUGGUGGUCAUUGGGCAUCACAUCUUACGAGCUUCUCAGAGGGCAGAGGCCGUAUGUGAUGAGGUCCAGCACCCCGGCCAAUGAGAUCCUUCACACCUUCCACAAGGUGCACCUCAGCUUCCCAGCAGUGUGGUCCUCAGAAAUGAAGUCUCUUCUGAGAAAGUUGCUGUGCAUAGACGUCCAGAAGCGCGUUUCCUGUCUGGCGGAGCUGCAGGAUCUGGACUACAUGUCGGACAUCAGCUGGGACACUGUGCUCAAUAAACAGAUUCCUCCGGGGUUUAUUCCCAAUAAAAGGCGACUAAACUGUGAUCCUACAUUUGAGCUGGAGGAAAUGAUUCUGGAGUCCAAGCCUCUUCACAAAAAGAAAAAAAGGCUUGCGAGAAAGACCAGGGACCAGGGUUCUGACGGGUCACCACAGAACGGUCAGUUGAAGCAACGUUUGGACAACGUUCAAAGGGAUUUUAUUAUCUUCAACAGAGAAAAAUCAAGGAAAGCAGCGUUGGAUUUAGACUCAGCUGAACUGUCCACAAGCAACAAGAACAAAGCGAUAGAGGACGAUCAGCUCCCUAGCGCAAGCACACUGAUGCUAGCGGGCUGCUAUGUUGCCUCAACAAACAUUGCAAAGACUGGACAAAUACAGGCCAGGUCAGCGUUGCAAAAGAGAAUCUCUUUUCUUCUGCCAUGGAUGGAUGGAGGGAUGGAUGCAUCCCUCCAUCCAUUUUCUGUGUCACUUAUCCACACAAGGGUCGUGGGAGCAAAGCAAGUGAAAUCGUCGAGUUUCCCACGGCACACCUGCACAUACAUAUCUUACGGCACAGUGGUUGGGAAUUAUUGUACUGCAGUUAACGACAAUUGUACAUGAUCCGACAGUGUGAAGGUCAGAGAUGCUUGAGUGGAUGAUUCACUGAUACAUCAAUAACCUAACGUCAUUCAGUGCUGCUCUCCAUUGUUGCUCCAAUCCUUGAGUGUUACACUAAGUCAUCAGUCUUACGCCAUUCAAUGCAUCACUUUUGCCUCCCUGUGUUUAUUACACGAUUAUGAACAGACAAGGGGAAUUGUUAUUAUUUGUCAGACUAUCACAUAUGCUAUCAAGUCUUGAUAGUGUAAAAGUGACACAACACAUACAAACACACGAGAAACACUUCAAUCAGUCACCUGCGAGUCUUGUUUUUAUUCCCAAAUCAAGUCAGACGAGCACAACACAUCUCAUUUUUUUCAACUCUGCCAUUUUUAGGGGGGUUUCUACAACAGUAUCAAAGAAAUAACAUAGAACAAACUAAUAUAAAUACCAAACGAAAAAAAAUGAAAACGACUUGGUUCCUACAAAUUUGUAUUAGCGCCACAGUGAAAAUUGGAAAGCCAAUGGAAAAAGCAGAUUUUACGUGAUGAUGGAGCACAAAGUCCAACAUGACACACACUUGCACAUGUAGGAAUUUUCUCCUUGUAACACGAAAAAUUUAUCAGCAGAUAAAGUCGUGUUACAACUUUGUAAGAAAUAUUUGCUCACGUAUUUUUUCAUUUUUCAUUUAUUUUUAAAUUAAAACUGGUUCUUUUUCGGGAUGUGGAUUUGGACUGUAGCGUUUGAACUAACAGCACUUUUUCCUGUCAUGAACAUUUCUUCUCAUGACAUUAAAAAACUAUGUUUUAAAACAUUAUGGUUUCUUUUAAAAGCAAAAUUAAGACUUUCUUCUUGUAACAAUUUGCCUAUGUAACAUUAUUGCAAAAUUCUGACUUUUUCCAAAUUAUUACACAACUUGGUCAUCUUAAUCAGAUUCAGGGGUUUCUUUUCUCAGAAAAGUAAACCUUUAGUCAAAUACCAUUAUUCUUCACAAAGUCACAAGUUUUCUUUUUUUUCAUGAACAUUGACUUUGUUCUCGUAAUACAUUUUGUUUCUGUCCUAAAAUUAGUACUUUAUUGUAAUAAUGACAAAUAUUUUGGGAUUUCAAUUUUUCUUUUCAGUGUGGCCCUAAUGCACUCUGCCUCACAGUUGAUGAGAUAAAAACAUCUCCCAAUUCCUUCCUUCCUUCCUUCCUUAGCAUGAUCACGUUUUAUUUUGAACAUUAGGAAGAAUAUUGGAGCGACGUUAAAGUGGUUGCAUUUUGCGAGAAAAUCAGAGCUCGGGGAUGAAAAGGUUUUCUUAAAGCAUCAUUUCUUUCUUUUUGUUGUUUAUAAGGAUCAGGUGUACAUAGAUUUUUUUCUCAUUUUAUCAUUUUAAAAAUGAUCUCCAGUAAACAUCAACAAGUGCAAAUAUUUUUUUUUGUUGGUUUUCUUUUGACAAUAACCGUAAUUUUCCUCUUGCUACCUUUUUUUUUUUUUUUUU